GUCUUUGGAAGUUGUGUGAAUUUUCCGAAAGCCUUUGAAGUUCGCCGGAAAAUAGCAAUAUUUUUCAAUUCAAGCCAAUCAGAUGGGAAGGGGAAAGAUAGAGAUAAAGAGGAUAGAGAACAACACUAACAGGCAGGUUACAUUUUGCAAAAGGAGAAAUGGAUUGUUGAAGAAAGCCUAUGAACUCUCUGUUCUCUGUGAAGCUGAGAUUGCUCUUAUUGUUUUCUCCACCCGUGGACGCGUCUAUGAAUACUCUAACAACAACAUUAAGGCAACUAUUGAACGAUACAAGAAGGCAACUGCUGAAACCUCUAAUGCUUGCACCACUCAAGAGCUCAAUGCUCAGUUUUAUCAACAAGAAUCAAAAAAGCUGCGCCAACAGAUACAAAUGAUGCAGAAUUCAAACAGACAUCUGGUUGGUGAAGGGUUAAGUUGUUUGAACGUAAGAGAGCUGAAGCAGUUGGAAAAUAGACUUGAACGAGGCAUCAGUAGAAUCAGAUCAAAAAAGCAUGAGAUGAUACUGGCUGAAACUGAGAAUUUGCAGAAGAGGGAAAUUCUACUGGAACAGGAGAAUGCAUUCCUUAGAUCAAAGAUAGCAGAAAAUGAGAGGCUUCAGGAACUAAGCAUGAUGCCAGCACCAGGAGGACAAGAGUACAGUGCAAUACAGCAAUAUUUAGCAAGAAAUAUGCUUCAACUUAAUAUGAUGGAAGGCCAAGGUGUCUCUUCUUAUGAUCCAUUGCCUCCUCCUCAUCAUGACAAGAAGUCCCUUGAACUUCAGUAG